AUGACUACAACAAUGCUGUACACAACGGGUAUCUCAAUGGAGGAGCCGACCCAUCGAUUCUUGCCCACGACAGUGGCUCCUGGGAAACCAAGGCAUCGACCAAAGGCCCUUCAGAUCCAGCCAUUGGACCCCAACGAAUUAAGCGCGAAAUUGAACGAUAUCUCAGUUGAGCACGACAGCCAGCCUCGUCGUCCAGUUCAUGCAGAGGACGCACUUCAGCCUCUAUUAUCUGCAACAAGUAUGGGCGCCCCUUCUCCCCGGACUAUUCAGGCAACGCAUGCGUCGCCAGCAAUUCCAACCACAGUAUCAUCAAGAGCCUUCAAGAAGGAGAAGAUUGAUGAUAAGCUCAGUUCACCCUUGUCUGCAAAACCGCCACGCCGUGGUAGCUUUUUUGAUGCAUUCCGCUUCAGGGGCUCAAACUACACUGAUGAGCUGCAGAAGCAGGAUGAGGAGGACGAUGUUCAGAAGCCUGCUCGUUACAAGCAUGUUCCUCAGGUGGCAGCGCAACAAUUUGCUCGCACCACAACUGUCGAGCCCCUCACGCAGAAAGCUUCACCCAAAGGGAUGAGGCCUGCACCCGGCCCUCACUCUAUGAACAAUGGCACAAUAUCGCUGCAAGAUUACAACAGGCAGUAUAGAAGAGCACAGAGUCUUUGCAGCGGCAGACCAACGAGUGCCAACAACGUUUCGAGAAUGGGAGGCACUGAGUUGGACAAAGCAUCAGCCCAACGCAAGAGACAAACCGCCCGAAAUUCCAUGCUCUUGAAUGUCAAUGGACCUGAGCUAUCACGAAGAAUGAGCACGGGCAACAUGCAGCCCCUGCCUCAAGCCCGGAGAGAUUCAAUAGGUACGGGUGUUGGAGGCUUCCAAGGGAACGUCCCAUCAUCUGCGAGGCGUGGAUCUGCAAGCUCGUCAGGUUUCUCCGAUGCAUCAUCGCCCUUUGUACGCGAAUCUGGCCCAGCAACCCCUUUCAAGCAAGAGUUUGGUAUCAACACUUCCCCUAACCGUCGAGGGUCUGAGACUAGUGCAGCCACUUCUGGUUCGCGGAGAGGUAGUUUUGUUAACGUCCCCAAUCCUCAGCACGCGGCCGAGAUACACCGUGUGGACUGGUCUCAGAGUGAUCAACCAGUCAAGGUUCGACGAGAUUCGAAGUGGGGAGGUCUCAAGCAUCGAAAGACCAGUUUGAGUCAGCAGAAGCCGAAUGCUGAGCACCAGGGCCCCAGUUUUACUAAGACGGGCUCACAAUCAUCUGUUUCUCCGAAAUCGCCAAAGGCUGGAUUCUUAAAGCGAUUCAUGCAUUAG